AUGAAUCAAGUAGAAGUUUUAGAAACUCCAAUAAAAUCUGAAGGAGACAAGAAGGAAUAUCGCUUAAUAAAACUUGAAAAUGGAUUGAAAGCACUCCUUGUAAGAAAGAAGAAAGAUGAGAAUAAUUCUAAUGACAGUGAAGAUUCAGCUGCAGCGAAUUUAACGAUCUCAGUUGGAUCAUUUGAUGAUCCCCCAAGUGCUAUGGGACUGGCACAUUUUCUCGAACACAUGGUGCAUAUGGGAAGUAGAAAGUAUCCAGAAGAAAGUAGUUACAACGACUUUUUAACAGUUAAUGGGGGAAGAAGAAAUGCAAUGACAGCAAGUGAAUUUACGACGUAUUUCUUUAACGUUGCCGAAGAAGUAUUUCCAGAAGCACUCGGUCGAUUGGAACAAUUGAUUGAAGCACCACUUUUGAUGCAAAAUUCAAUGCAACGUGAAAGAGAAGCUGUCGAUUCUGAAUACGAGAUGAUAAAUUCAAGUAACGCAGUUCGAAUUCAAAGCAUUGUUAAAUCAUUAAUUCAUGAUUUUCAUCCUGCAAGUAAGUUUAAUGUCGGUAAUCUUAAGACUCUCAGAGAUAAUAUUAGCGAUGAGGAGUUACAUAAAGAACUUUUAAAGUUGCAUGAUAAGUAUGUUGCUAAUAAAAUGUAUUUAGCUGUGCAAUCAAGUAAAACAUUGGAUGAAUUACAAAGUCUUGUUGUUGAACAGUUUUCAAAUAUUAAAAGCGGAAAUGAAGAAGUUAACUCUGUGAUUGUCGCGAGAGAUAACCCAGAAGAUUACUUUAAACCUGAAUUUUUCAAUAGCGUUCAUUACGUGAUGAGUAAAACUUCAAAAAAUUCAAUUUUACUUGCCUGGCCGUUGCCAUCUAUAAUUGAACACUACAAAGUUGCCCCACUUGACUACAUUUCAAAUAUUUUCGGCAAUGAAGGCGAAGGUGGAAUUUCAACCUAUUUAAGAGAAAAUCAUUGGGUUACUAAAGUUGACUUAUAUACUGAUGACACCAACCUCAUUUCAAAGUCAUCAAUUAAUCUCGUCCGCAUUUCUUUGGAUUUAACUGAGUCUGGAAUUGAAAAUAUUAGCAAGAUUUUAGAAGCAGUCUUUUCGUAUCUUUUAAUGAUCAAGGAAACACCAAUUGAAGAACAUCGUCGAUUGUACAACGAAUUGAAAGAAAAGAGUGAAAAUAGUUUUAAGUUUCACACCGAAUCUGAACCAAUUGACAAUGUUUUGGAUAAUGCUACAAAUAUGCUAGUUUAUGAUGACGCUGACAUUCUAAGAGGGAAAUCAAUUUAUCAGAGAUUCGAUGCAGAAAUUAUAUCUGACGUGAUUGAAAGAUUGAAUCAAAGGAAAUUUGGCACAAUUAUUUUAACAAGUAAGCACGAGUCAUAUCCAUACAGGGAGAAAUAUCACAACACGGAAUAUGAUCGAAUCGCAUUUCCUGAUGAAUAUCAAAAAUUAUGGGACGAAAGAAAAGUCAAACCGAAUUUCUUUUUAGAAAAAUCGAAUCCUUAUAAGACGACAAACUUCGACAUUUUUGAAAAUGAUGAUGAAUCGCCUAUUUUUCCCCUGAAAAUCUUUGAAGAUGGAAUAUUUGAAGUCUGGCAUCGCUUGGAUAAUAAAUUCAAAUUGCCAACAAUCCAGUUGAAAAUGAAGUUAAUCUCACCGAUCUUUUUAAGUUCAACAGAAAACCUUUCAAUGCUGAAAAUCUUUACAAAAACUUUUGAGUUUUAUUUGAAAGCUGAAUUUUUUGAUGCCAAAAGUGCUAAUUAUAUCGUGGACACCAGCAUUGACAGAAAUGGAAUGAAAUUCUCGUUCACUGGUCAUAGUCAGCACAUGAUAAAGUUUUACGACAACGUCACUAAGUUUUUGAAGAAUUUUCUGGAGAUGGCUGAUCAGGAGACGUUAGAUGCAAUCAAAGAAAACUUGAAGCAAUCUUUAUCUGAGAAAUUGAUGACCAACUAUAUAUUAAAUAAUGAGUUCACUGGUAAAGUUCUGCUGGAACAUUAUCAUUCUGACUUUGACAUCAUUGACCAAGUUGACAAAGUCACACUAGAAAAUCUUCGAAACUUUAAAUCGAAAUUCUUAAGUCACUUGAAUAUUCAAAUUCUUGCUCAAGGAAAUAUUACGAAAGAUCAAGCACUUCAGAUUGUAAAUCUGGCAAAAACGAACAUAAAAUGCGAUGUCGUAUCAGAAGAAUAUGAACGCAAGCAGAGAUGCUAUCAACUACCUCAAGGCAAUAAUGUGUUACGAUUGAAGUCUCUCAUGCUUAACGAUGACAAUUCAGCAAUUAAAAACUUUUAUCAAAUCGGACCUGACACCAUUCGAACUAGAUGCAUGACAAGACUUGCGGCGAUGAUAUUAAACCCGAAGGCCUACGAUUAUCUCAGAAGCAAGGAACAGUUAGCGUACGGUGUCGCAUGUUUCUUUCGGGAAAAAGGUGGAAUUGUCGCUCUUGCUGUGCUUAUCUUGUCACAAGAAGGCAAACAUUCUUAUUCCAAAGUUUGCUCCAAACUAGACACAUUUAUUAAUGAAGUUUGUCGUGAGACAAUUGAUCAAAUGACAGAUGAAGAAUUUGAACGAUAUAAGGAUUCGAGGGUUAAGCAACUAACUGCUGACGACUUAGAUUUAGACUCAGAAGUUGACAGAAAUUGGAAGGAAGUUGUCAAUCAAGAAUAUAUUUUCGACAAGUUUCAGAUAGCAGCCAAAGAAACUAAAAAUAUUUCGAAAACUGAUUUCCAAGAGUUCUUUAAAUCAUUUACUGACCCCGAUAAAAUGAGAAGAUUAAGUGUUCAGGUUAUUGGCAAUCAUAAAUCAGAGGAAGUUACGACAGGAAAUAAUAAAAGUCGUAAACUAGAAGUUGAAUUUAUAAAUGAGAAGUUGUCUGAUGACGAGAGUCUCAUAACAAAUGUUGAAGACUUUCAGAAGGAUCUUUAUCUAUAUCCAGUUUCAAAGUUUCAAAUUAAAUGA